AUGGAAAGUAACCAAUCGACGAAUGGAAGCGGUAGAAAUGCUGCUGUAAACGAAACUAAAGGUUCCUACGUGCCACCGCAUCUCCGCGGAAGAGCGGCAGGUGGCGGUGGUAACGCGGAUGAAGGCGGUGAUCGUGAUAAGUGAGUUGGAAUACGUGGAGGGAGAGGGCAUUCAAUUUUUUGCAAAUAAAAAAGAGAAAUCUAAGAAUUCCAAAGAAAACAUUUGAAUUUUAGUGUUGAUUACAACAACGGAGGUAGUCGCGGUUAUGACGAUCGUCGCGGAAAGUAAGAAAACUUGAAAUUUCCCCUGUUUUUUUUGCAUGUUUCUUUUAUCGUGAUGUUUGAUCGGUAAUUAGGAAAUUUUUUAGAUGUCAAGGUUUUGCGAAAAAAUGGACUUUUUAGUUUGCAUGGGGAUUUUCACAUUUUUCUCAAUCGCCACAUAGUUUUGAAUUAUUUAUUUUUUUAUCAAAUGUGAACUUUUGUUUUUCAUUUCUAUUUCUAAAAAUAAAAUGAAAAUUGUGUGCAUGCCAAUUAGAAGCGAUUCCCUAAACAACUUUUUAAUUAUUUCAGUCGCCGCGGUGGAAACAACUACGAUAACAAUCGUGGCGGAAACUACAAUAAUCGCGGAUAUGAAGAUCGCGGUGGAUUCAAUGGCGGAAAUCGUAACUAUAAUUCUGGCGGAGGCGGCCGUGGAGGGUAUAAUCGACAAGAACGUGGAGAUGGCGGGAAUUAUAAUCGUGGAAAUGGGGGCGGAUAUAAUAAUCGACAAGAUCGCGAUGUUGAUAAUCGAGGUGGACAAGGUGGAGGAUAUCGUGGUGGACAACAAAAUAAUCGACAAGGCGAUAAGUGAGUUUUACUCUAGAAUAAACAUCAUUUUCUCGAAAAACGAAAUCUAAAAUUAUAGCUAAUUUUGAAUAAUUAUAGCGGUCGCUGGAACAAUGAUCAACAACCUGCACAACGUUCUGAACGCGGACCUUCGAAAUGGGAAGAACAAGGACCACGUGAUGAACGAAUUGAAAACGAACUCUUCUCCGGUCAAUUAUCCGGAAUUAAUUUCGACAAAUACGAAGAAAUUCCCGUCGAAGCAACUGGUGAUGAUGUUCCACAACCAAUUUCACUUUUCUCUGAUUUGAGUCUUCACGAAUGGAUCGAGGAAAACAUCAAAAGAGCUGGAUACGAUCGUCCAACUCCAGUACAAAAAUAUUCGAUUCCGGCACUUCAAGGAGGUCGCGAUUUGAUGAGUUGUGCCCAAACUGGUUCAGGAAAGACUGCCGCGUUUUUGGUGCCAUUGGUCAAUUCGAUUUUGCAAGAUGGACCAGAUGCUGUACUUCGACCGACGACUGGAAGUGGUGGAAGAAAGAAGUUGUAUCCAAGUGCGCUGGUUUUGUCGCCAACAAGAGAAUUGUCACUUCAGGUAGGUUUUUGGAAGGAUUUCAACCGGGAAAAAUACAGUUUUGAUUAAAACUUUAUUUUGAACUUUGAGAAAUGCUAUCAAAAUUAUCUGAAUCAUACAUGGCAUCUUUGCCCAACGGACCCUCCAUGUAAUGAUCCCCCCCUCCCCAAAAUUUUGAAAUGUCAUGAUCCCCCCCCCUCAAUUUUUUCGUCAAAAAUUUGAAAAAAUAAAUGGUGAAAAAAAAAUUUUAAAAAUCAAAGAGAGAGGGGGAGUUUCAUUUUUGACAUAUUUUUCAGGUUCGAUAAUUUGGGAACUAGUGCUUUAGGAAUAUCGGAUGUAGAGAAAGGGCGAAGAAUUCGACGGAUAUCAUUCAUUGGCUAAUUAUUCUUAUUUUAUUUCUAAAAUUCUCAAUUAUAUUUUUCUAUAUCCUUCUAAAAUAAAAAAUGAGUUUAUUGUAGUAAGUUCCUUUCAGAAAUCUUCAUGCAAUGAUCAUGCUCAACCCUUCUGAACGAUUCCAUAUAAAUUAUAGACAAUGCGUUAUUUAUUUGAUAAUCAAAUUGAAACUCAAAAAUAUUGAAUUAGAAAACAAAAGAAAAAAGUGGAUUCCACCGAGGAUUCGAUCCAAAAACCCUCUGAUUAUUAGGCGCGAUCUCUACCGACUUGACCACGAGGCUCCUUUUUUCACACGCUUAUUUUUAAGUGAUAAAAAAGGGAUAGAAGGGGAGAUAAAAUGAAAAAGAGAAGGAGAAGCGGGAAAAAAUCAUGAAAUUUUUGAAAAAUUACCAUUUUUUAUCGAAUUUCGCCGAUUUUGUUAUAUGUUCCGACUGUAUAAGUAACUUAAGGAUGGUAGAAAGGAAUGUCUGUCGAAAUUAUCUUAAAAGAAGGUUUAUUUCUUGAGAUAUGAUCCCCCCCAAAAUCGAAGCUGUUUUGCUAUGUCAUUUUGGGGGGAUCAUAUCUCAAGAAAUAAGCCAUCUUUUGAGAUAAUUUUAACAGACAUUCCUUUCUACCAUCCUUAAGUUACUUAUACAGUCGAAACAUAUAACAAAAUCGGCGAAAUUCGAUAAAAAAUGGUAAUUUUUCAAAAAUUUCAUGAUUUUUUCCCGCUUCUCCUUCUCUUUUUCAUUUUAUCUCCCCCUUCUAUCCCUUUUUUAUCACUUAAAAAUAAGCGUGUGAAAAAAGUAGCCUCGUGGUCAAGUCGGUAGAGAUCGCGCCUAAUAAUCAGAGGGUUUUUGGAUCGAAUCCUCGGUGGAAUCCACUUUUUUUCUUUUGUUUUCUAAUUCAAUAUUUUUGAGUUUCAAUUUGAUUAUCAAAUAAAUAACGCAUUGUCUAUAAUUUAUAUGGAAUCGUUCAGAAGGGUUGAGCAUGAUCAUUGCAUGAAGAUUUCUGAAAGAAACUUACUACAAUAAACUCAUUUUUUAUUUUAGAAGGAUAUAGAAAAAUAUAAUUGAGAAUUUUAGAAAUAAAAUAAGAAUAAUUAGCCGAUGAAAGAUAUCCGUCGAAUUCUUCGCUCGUUCUCUACAUUCGAUAUUCCUAAAGAACUAGUUUCCAAAUUAUCGAACCUGAAAAAAUAUGUCAAAAAUGACCACAUGCAAAAACCCAAUUUUUUUCUAGCGUACCGAUUUCACUUUGAAAAAAAUUUAGAUUUUUUGUAUGUAAUGUCAUGAUCCCCCCCUCGAAAAUUUUUUCCAAAUGUCAUGAUCUCCCCCUCACAAUUUUGAGAGCAGUGCCAUGUAUGAUCUGAAUUCGAACUCAUUUUUCAGAUCUUCAACGAAUCUCGAAAAUUCGCCUACCGUACCCCGAUCACAUCUGCUCUUCUUUACGGAGGACGUGAAAAUUACAGAGAUCAAAUUCACAAACUUCGUGUAAGUCCCAGAUUUUCCCAAUAUUCCUGCGUAUUCAAAUUUCUCAUUUUUUCAGCUCGGAUGUCAUAUUUUGAUUGCAACUCCAGGUCGUUUGAUUGAUGUUAUGGAUCAAGGAUUAAUUGGCCUUGAAGGUUGCCGAUAUUUGGUUCUUGAUGAAGCCGAUCGAAUGUUGGAUAUGGGUUUCGAACCACAAAUUCGUGAAAUCGUCGAACUCAACAGAAUGCCACCAAAAGAAGAAAGAGUUACAGCUAUGUUUUCAGCUACUUUCCCAAAAGAGAUUCAAUUACUCGCUCAAGAUUUCUUGAAACCAAACUACGUGUUUUUGGCUGUUGGAAGAGUUGGAUCAACUUCGGAAAAUAUUGUGCAAAAAGUUGUUUGGGUUGAGGAAAAUGAGAAACGAUCGUAUUUGAUGGAUUUGUUGGAUGCGACAAGCGAAACAUCUUUGACACUUGUUUUUGUUGAAACAAAACGAGGAGCUUCGGAUUUGGCAUAUUAUUUGAAUCGACAGAAUUUCCAAGUUGUUACUAUUCAUGGAGAUUUGAAACAAUUUGAAAGAGAAAAACAUUUGGAAUUGUUCAGGUAAGAUAUUGAGAAAUUAUUUAUAAAUCAAUACAAAAUUGUAACUUUACAGAUCUGGCCAAAAUCCAAUUCUCGUUGCAACAGCUGUCGCUGCUCGUGGUUUAGAUAUUCCAAAUGUAAAACACGUCAUCAAUUAUGAUUUACCAUCAGAUGUUGAUGAAUAUGUUCAUCGAAUUGGAAGAACUGGACGUGUCGGAAAUGUCGGACUUGCCACCUCAUUCUUCAACGAUAAAAAUCGCAAUAUCGCACGCGAAUUGAUGGAUUUGAUUGUUGAAGCGAAUCAAGAAUUGCCUGAUUGGUUGGAAGGAAUUUCUGGAGAAAUGAGAACUGGUGGAGGAUUCAGAAAUGGUGGAAGAGGACGUGGCGGCCAAAGAUUCGGAGGUAUGAGAGGGGUUUUGCGUUUUUUCGAGAAAUGUUGAAAUUUUGAGUUGAAUUUUUUUUUAGAAAUUCAGAUUUUUAAACCGGAAAUUUGAAUAUUUUGGUUUGAAAAUUUUAUUUUCGAAAAAUUUGGUUUAAUUUUUCACAGUUCCACGAAAAAUUUGAAUUUCUUUUUCUAAAACAAAACUCGAAAUCCCGAUUUUCGGAUUAAUUUAGCUACGUGGAUUUCAGAAUUUGAGAAAACUUAGAAAACAUUUUCAAACCUAUAAUUUUAUGUUUUUGAUAAGAAGUACACAAAGUGUGUACUUUUUCAAAAAGAAAAUAUGAAAAUGAAAUAUCGAAAAAAAAAUUGAGCUUUAGUUUUUCUUCAACAUUCAUCUUACCAAAUUUUGUGGAAAGCUCAAAAAAUCGAAUAAUUAAAUUCCAGGUCGCGAUCAUCGUUACCAAAACAGUGGCGGAAAUCAAAACAGCGGCGGAGGCGGCGGAGGUUUCAAUUCCGGAAAUCAACGUUCCGGCGGAGGUGGCGGCGGUGCUGGAUUCCAAUCCAACAAUCGCGGACAUCAACAACAACAACAGCAAAGAAGUCAACCACAACAAGAUUGGUGGAACUAA